GAGGCCUGGUGGGGAAGCCGGGGCGGAGUCAGGCUGCGCAGGAGGCAGCCCGGAGGGCGGGGCCCCGGAACAGCGGCCCAGGGGCGGGGCCGGUUUAUAGCAGCAGCCGGGGUGCCGGGCACACUGGAGCCACCCACCGAGUCACCGGCAGCAUGCUCCCUGCCCUGCUCCUCCUGCCCAGCCUCCUGGGGGCCGCCCUGGCCGGCCCCGUGCAGGGCUCCCUGGAGUGCACUCAGGGCUCUGCCGUGUGGUGCCGCGACCUGCAGGCCGCAGCCAGGUGCGGGGCCCUGGGGCACUGCCGGAGCGCCGUCUGGAGCAAGCCCAGCGCCAGGACCUUGCCCUGUGACAUCUGCCUGGAUGUGGUGGCUGCUGCCGGCAACGGCGCGAACCCCAACACCACAGAUGCCGACGUCCUGGCUUUGGUGACGAAGACCUGCGAGUGGCUUCCCAGCCAGGACUCUUCGGCCAAAUGCAAGGAGAUGGUGGACGCCCACAGCUCGGCCAUCCUCAGCAUGCUCGGGGGGGGCCCGGGCAGCGCCCCCCCACAGGUGUGCACUGCGCUCACCCUCUGCCAGCCGCUGCAGAGCCUCCCGGCCACCCCGGGGCCACUCUCCAAGGAGGACACGUCCGAGCUGGUGGCCCCGUUCAUGGCCCACGGGCCGCUCAGCUUCCACCUCCCGCCGAUCCCUGAGGACCCCGUGUGCCAGGACUGUGUCCGGCUGGUCACCCGGCUCCAGGACGAAGUGGGCUCCAACGUGUCCGCGCUGGCCGACGUGGUCACGCGGGAGCAGUGCAAGUCCCUGGGGCCCGACCUGGCUCUCAUCUGCAGGGACUACAUCCUGAGGUUCCUCGGCCCCGGGGAGCACAUGCUGAAGCUGGUCCUGCCCGAGGAGACCUGCGAGAAGGGCGGCUUCUGCGAGGAGCUGCAGGUGCCCGCCGAGCUCGUGGUCCCCCCGCUGGAGCCGCUGUCUGUGGGGAAGAGGACGGAGCUGCAGAUGCAGGCCGGCCUGACCUGCGAGGUGUGCCUGCAGGUGAUCCAGGAGAUGGACCAGUGGCUGGACUCCAACAGCACUGAGGUCCUCAUCAGCCAGGCGCUGGAGCGCGUGUGCUCCGUGAUGCCCGCGUCCAUCGUCCAGCAGUGCGUCACCAUGGUGGACGCCUACAGCCCCUCCCUGGUGCAGUUUGUGACCAGGGUCCCCCCGGAGAAGGUGUGCAAGGCCAUCCGACUCUGCGGCGGCGGUGGCCGGCGGCGGCGGGCCCGGGCAAUCCACGGGCCCCGCGCCACCCUCCUGCCGCCCUUGCUGGACAGGGACAACCAGGGCAGCUUCUGCAAUGGCUGCAAGCGGCUGCUGGGCGUGUCCUCCCGCAACCUGGAGCGCAAGAGCACCAAGCGCGGCAUCCUGCAGGCCUUCAAGGGCGGCUGCCGCAUCCUGCCGCUGCCCUACAUGAUCCAGUGCAACCGCUUCGUGGACGAGUACGAGCCCGUGCUCUUCGCCACGCUCUCGGAGAUGAUGGACCCCGCCGCCCUGUGCGCCAAGGUGGGCGCCUGCCAUGCCCCCCGGGCCCCGCUGCUGGGCACCGACCAGUGCGUCCUGGGCCCCAGCUUCUGGUGCACCAGCCCGGAGGCCGCCCAGAUGUGCAACGCCCUGGAGCACUGCCAGCGCUUCAUAUGGAAAGUGAUGCCCUUCAACACCGGGGAGCCCGAGUGCCCCCCCAGGGGGCCCUCCUCACCCUGAACCCCCCGGAGACCCCACUCCCGUCUCACAGCAGAGAACGGAGGCUCGGGCGGGAGGCUGCCGAGGAGCAGGGCUGAGGCGCGGAUCCCCAUCCUAACGACAGUGCCCGUGGCUCUGCCCUUGUAAGUCUCCCCCAGACCGGAACCAGCUGCCGGGCCCGGCCCCACCCUGGCCACCUGCCCCUCAGCCUCCGUCGCUGUGAUGGGCUGACCGCGGGGCCUGUCACGGCCUGUGGUGCCCCCUCUGUUCUCUGCUGACGAGCGCCCAGCGGGGAGCCCGGCUGGGUGAGCGGAGGCAGGGGAGGGCGGGGCAGAGGGGCCAUCACAGGAGGGGCUCACGCCUCUUGUCCAGCAGCUGGGGGCAGGGGCUGUGUCUCAUCCACAGCCACCCCCACUUGCUCAGGCCAGCGCUUCUCGACCCGGGGUCCUUGGGGAGGCCCCGAAGGUGUGUGAGGUGUGUCUUUCUGGGGAGGAGGCUGGGACUCUGCAGCUCCCAGGGGAGCCGGGCUCAACAGGCCUUCCCCCGCCUCAGCCCACACGGGACCCAGACAUCCCACCGCCCUGGUCCCAGGCAGAGGGGAAGCCUGCGCUGCCCUAAUGAGGAGAGGAAAAUUGUGCCGGGUCUGGAGUGGCUUCUGGGCUGUGGAGCCUUUCAGGGGUGAGCCAAUCUUUUCACCCGUCGGAGCCUCGGUUUUCCAAUCUGUAGAAUGGGGUGAUUACACACGUCUUGUGGGGAUGGUGACACAAUUCAAAGAGAGCUUCUCCCCCAGGGACCACACCCGUCCAUCAGCCGAGCCCCACAAAACCUGGCUCAGGUCCCCAGGAGAAUCUGGCUGCACAAGCGCGGAAUAAACGGAGCUUCUCCAAACGCC